AACCAAUAAUUUUAUCCUUAAAGAUCUCACUUGUUAGUUAGUUAAUCGAUGGCCAAGAUCGCGCUGGGAAGCUGGAAGGAAGCGGCCGAACCGGAGUUCCCCCGCUCCGUCUUCACAGAGCUCCUCCUCACCUUCGUCUUCGUCUUCACCGGCGUCUCCGCCGCCGUGUCCGCCGAGGAGAUGGGCGGAGGGCAGGGCACCAUCACGGGGCUGACGGCGGCGGCCGCGACCAACGCGAUGCUGGUGGCGGUGAUAGUCGCGGUGGGCAUGGACGCCUCCGCUGGUCACCUGAACCCGGCCGUCACGAUCGGGUUGGCGGCUGGCGGGUACGUCACGGUCAUCCGGUGCGCGCUCUACAUUGUGGCCCAACUGCUCGGCUCCGCCGCCGCCUGCUUCCUCCUCAUGUACAUUAGCGGAGGACAGGAUCUGCCGGUGCAUGCUCUGGGAUCAGGGAUGCGUCCGCUCCAGGGCCUGGUCAUGGAGUUGCUGCUCACCUUCUCCAUGGUCUUCACGAUCUACGCCGUCGUGGUGGAGCCGAAGAAAGGGGUGGUCUCCAGCGUCGCGCCUCUGCUCGUCGGCCUCAUUGUGGGGGCGAACACCUUGGCCGGUGGCUUCUUCUCCGGCGCCUCCAUGAAUCCGGCCAGGUCCUUCGGGCCAGCGCUGGCGAGAUGGGAUUGGACCGAUCAUUGGAUUUAUUGGGCCGGGCCGCUCGUCGGAAGCGCGCUCGCAGGCUUCGUGUACGACCGCCUCUACGUUACGCGGAGUUCCGAUGACGGCGCCUUCCUCCUCCCCGUCGAUCGCGAAGAAGCCUUUUCAUAAUUUUACAUAAAUAUUUGUUAUAAUUAAAUAAAAAUAUCAUAAUUAUCCUUAGUUGUAGUUUAAAACUGAACUUUAAUGUCCAGCCACUUGAAAAUUUUAGAUUA